AAACACUUUGUGCACUAUCAUUCCUCCCACACAAAAAUCUUUGGGCUUAUAUUAAAUAGAGGCGAAGCCACUCGAGAAGCUCAAUCCGCUCACAGGCAGAUUGCCGAAAGGAAGCAUACAAAGAUAAGCGGUAAAUCAUAAGGAAGAGCGACAAUGGGGCUGUUCAAAAAUGGAAAGUGCAACUCAACUGCCAGCUUGGUAGGUAAAACCGCAGUCAUUACUGGCGCUAACACAGGGAUCGGAUAUGAAACUGCCAAGGAUUUUGUCAAAAGAGGGGCGAAAGUUAUCAUGGCUAACAGAAACGUGGAACUUUCCGAGAGAGCGGCGGAAAAACUGCGCCAAGAAGUGCCCAAUUGCAACGUGCGUGUUGUUCAGCUCAACUUGGCCUCGCUUCACUCGGUGAAAAAAUGCGCCGAGGAAUUAUUGAGGAGCGAGCCAAAAAUUAAUCUGCUCAUCAACAACGCCGGCGUAAUGAUGUGCCCGUACAUGACAACAGAGGAUGGAUAUGAAAUGCAAUUCCAGACCAAUCACUUGGGCCACUUUUUGUUCACGACGCUUCUGUUGCCGCGGAUCAAAGAAAGCGCUCCUGCGCGAAUUGUAAACGUUUCCAGCACAGCUCAUUUGUUUGGGAAGGUGAAAUUUGAUGAUUUGCAGUCGAAAAAAUCUUACAGUCCGACCAAAGCUUAUGGACAGAGCAAACUUUGCAACAUCCUCUUCACAUCAAAGUUGACCGACCAACUUAAAGAUACUGGAGUUGUUGCAUACGCCGUGCACCCCGGUGUGGUUUCAACGGAACUGGGGCGGCAUUUGGAGGGAGGCACAUCGUGGAUAUUGAACAAAUUGGACUGGGCCAAGAAAACGCCCGUCGAAGGCGCCCAGACCACCCUGCACUGCGCCCUUGAUGAGCGGCUGGCCACCCAAUCAGGACUCUACUUCAGUGAUUGUAAGCCUGGAAAGACGAGCAGCCGAGCAAGGAACAAAGCGGACGCUCAGAAAUUGUGGGAAGUAAGCGAAGAAUUGGUCAAACGGGCUUUCGAAUGACUCAUUCACGUUUAUUUUCCAAAAAGGUAAUAACCGAUAAAUAAUUUUACUGCCAUGAAUUUUUUUAUCUAAAUAAUGGAUUCUUUAACGAUUUAUUAUCAUAUUGUUCAAUGUGAAAUUUAAUUUGAAAAUAAAAUUGGAUUUAUUAUAGAAAUAAUAAAA